AUGAAAACUUCAGCGAAAUGGGGCAUUGGUAUUGGUGUUGGUAUACCCGGUGUACUAAUUCUUAUUGGUUUAAUUGGUUUAUUAAUUAAAUUUUUUAUGAAACGUUGUCGUAGUAGAGCUUGGGAUGAGAUAAAUUCAUUACCGAAACAUGUAGAUUCAUCGGAUAAUAGUACUAAUCGUAGAGCACCAAAGCGUUUAUCAUCUGAACGUGAACCAUUAUUUCCCACAACAACAGGAAAUGUUAUGGUCGUAUCUGAUGGUCAUAUAUCUAUACCAAUUGGUGAGAGUGAGUCACCAGCUGCACAAUAUCAACAAGCAAAUACAAAAAAACAUGAACAUACACUUGUUCAAAUUCAACGAGACCGUUUAAAUCGUCUUAAAGAAGAAGAAAAUCGUUCAAGACCAAUGUUGCAUUUAAGUACUGGUGAACUUGAUAUACAGCGUGCAAUUGAUCAAGCACAAAAGGAAUUCGAAGAAUCGGUAUGA